AUCGCCUCUGCAUCGAUCGAAUUCGAAGGCAACCUCCGGAGUGCUCGCUUCUUUUUCCUUUGCCAGCAGUAUCUCUGCUUUUCUAUCUAAACAGCAGCUCCCAGAAGAAAUGGCAGCCAACACUCGAUAUAUGCCUGCUCCCCAGCGGGAUUCGCUGGAGGAGCAGCGCUACACUCAGUCCCCUCCAUCCUACCAGCAAGCUUCGGAUCCGAUGAUGGGUGCGCCGCGGGGUGAGGAUGAUAAUGUUCCCGAUGACUUCAAGUUCGGCGGCUCAGUGGCUGAAGCUACUCUUCCUAUCCGAAUGCAGUUUAUCCGCAAGGUCUAUUCUAUCUUGACCGUCCAGCUCCUCGUCACCGCUGGCCUUAGCGCCGUCUCUUUCUUCAACGAUACCUACCGGACAUGGGUCCAAUCCAACGCUUGGAUGAUGUUCGUCUCUAUUAUUGGUGCGCUCGUAUUCAUGCUCCUCACAUACUGGAAACGCAAGAGCUAUCCAAGCAAUCUCCUAUUCCUCAGCAUUUUCACCCUCCUUGAAGGAUACGCCGUCAGCGUUGUGACCUCUUUCUACAAUUCGAGAAUAGUCAUCCAAGCGCUCGUUCUCACCCUCGGCCUCUUCCUGGCUCUAACGCUCUUCGCCUGCCAGACCAAAUAUGAUUUUACCAGCUGGAUACCGUACCUAUUCUUUGCUCUAUGGUUUUUGAUCCUAUUCGGGUUUAUGACUAUGUUUUUCCCGAUGGGAAGCAAGAUGGAAUUGAUUUACGGCUCAAUUGCAGCCCUGAUCUUCAGUGCGUACAUCCUCGUCGAUACCCAGCUGGUUAUGCGACAUCAUCAUGUUGAGGAGGAGAUUGCCGCAUCCAUCUCACUCUACUUGGAUGUUAUCAACUUGUUCUUGGCUAUCCUGAGGAUCCUCAAUAGCCAGAGCAACAACUAAACCGCCGGAACGUGUAAAACACGGCGCAGCGUAUGACUCAGAAAUUGACGAGAGUUAUGUUUUCUUUCCUUUGUAGACCGAGCAUCUCGUUCCCUCUGUAUUUCUACUCUCUUGAACAAUCGAAAGCACAACUUCGCCCAGUGGCUGCAGAAUUUUUGCUUGGUUGCCUUAGUUUUCGGCAUCAGUUUUCCAGUUUCCAAUUUUUCCUUAUUCAUUAGGCAUUAUAUUCGACUGUUCUCGUCGCCACUCAAGUAGUACUUCAAUAUAAUUUCAUAUUUCGUUUCACUACCAAUAAUACCCAACGAAAAAACAAUGUUGAACUAGCCAAAAGGUACUUGAACGUUUACUAUCAGAAAAUGCAAUAACGUGUACUCCAUACAAGCCGCUAAAUCUCAACUCCACCAAAUCGGGAAAAGUAUAUCUGUAUUUACACUCAGCAGAAAGGGAAUAGACUGGGAGUGUAUAAAAAUGUAGAAAUGGCCCUGGAGAACCGGGUAAGUUUAGGGAUUGUGUCUGUAAUAAAUGGGAUAAAUGAUAAGUGUUUAGUCGACGAAGUAAAAGUAAUCCGGUCAAGGGUAUCGAAGAGUAUACUCUCAAGCUCAGCUUGAUGGACAGCGUUUGUGAGCAAAAUCAGAGGUCCAUUUCAAGCCCAAAACCCGGGAUAAUGCGCCUAAACUGUGCCAAUUCAAAGCAAAUGACUCCGGUUGGUUAAAAUCGCAUUGUCUGCCGUCCGUUGUGAAAAGCCGGCUGCCCCGUAAACGAAAUAAUGUAGAUAAUGAGGACCAGCGGGGCGAUUAUUGUUUCUUAGGACCCAUUUGUUGCCAAGAAAAAUGUAUUCGUAACCAGGCAAACAACCAUCACCACGAUUCCGUACACUGCUAGAGCCAAGCUGAGCUUACGGAGAAGACCCCGUUUCCAGUGUCUUCGACGCCGGCGCAGAAUACCGCUGGAAGAGAGAAGCCCGCUUCCGCCGAGGAGGCCGCUGCCCAUGAUUUCUUCAUCGGCAGAAUCAUCCGAAAAGCCGUCAGCACCGGCCUCAUCAUCCUCUUUCAUGAUUCGUUGAUGAAGAGCGGAUUCUGGAGACGAUAUCUUGUAGUAGAAGAGGCCAGGAAGGAUGAAGCUGAUGCUCGUGCUUCCGGUGCUGCCAACGUAAGCAAGGACGGCUUCAAGGGAAGAAACCGUCAUAGCGACGAUAUAACUCAGAACAAUGAUAACGGUUGUAAUGGCAGCAAAACGAGUGUCGCCCAUUUCCUCAGGCUGUCUAUCUGAACGAGGUAAAAGCGGAUUACGAUGCGGCGACACGUUUGAAGAACCGGAUGAUCCUUUUGAGUUCCAGCGCCAUUUC